AUGUACUUUUACAUUAAGGAAUAUUAUCAUCAAUCUCAGUUANUAAAAUAAGACACAUGUGCCAAUUAUAAGAAUAAACUAUCAUGCAAAGCAGGAGGAUCUGAUGGCAAAUGUGCAUUUAAUCCAGCACCAACUGUUGCUGAUCCAAAUAAUGGAACAUGCUAAUAAUUCAAAUCCUGUGAAACUGGAAAUAAUGAUAAGGAUGCUUGUGAUAGUAAAUCAAAGGCAUGUAAAUGGUCAUCAACUACUACUGGAACUACUACUACAACUAGUUGUAAACCUAUGGAUUGUCCAGGAGUUGCCUCAGGUACUACUUGCAAUCCAUUCCAAAGUUUCGAUGGUGCAUCAAGUACCAUUUGUGUAUUAGUCAAUAAUUAAUGUACAGUUGGUGAUCCAUCCACUCUUACAGUAGAUUAAUGCUAUAAGACAUAAACACUUUACUCAUAUACUUGGAAUGAAUCAACAAAUAAAUGUGUUUCAUGCAAAGCUUCCACUAACAAUAACAAUAAUACAACAAAUCCAAACACCACCGACCCAGGUACUAAUACUGAUGAUAAUGGAUACAUAUUGGGUGUAACAAUUCCAUUGGCUAUUUUGGGAAUCUUUGUUUGAUUUUGAUUUAAA